UCUCCCUGGUUUCAACUGUUAUCGAAUGCCCAAACGGAAUUAACACACUGUGUACCCUUUUUGUAUACGCAUGAAGCAUGAGGCAGGUUGAAUCUGGCAGUAUGAGGAUGCAGAUAAUAUGUGGACGGUGAUCCGAGGCACGGCAAACUGCCUUGGGAAUGCAGCGUGGAUGUGAUCCAGCGCGAAUUUUAGAACCAUUGGACGUCUUCAGCCACACGCAUUGAAUAUCACAAUGAAUUGGACCCAGGAAAUAUGCUUACAAGUAAUAAAUGAGUAUCGUAAAAGAAAAGUUCUGUGGAACCUGCGUGAUCCGCUUUAUUAUAACAAAAUGAUGAAGGAAGAUGCUUGGACAGAAAUUGCUGUUAAAUUUGGCAGGAGUACUGAAGAAUUGAAAAAAAAGAUAGAGAGUCUCAAAAGCACGUACAGGCGUGAAAAGACGCGAGCAAGAAAACGUUGUAGAACAGGAAAAGGGCGAAGUGAUAUUCAUCGACCGCAAUGGUUCGCUUACACGAGUCUACAAUUUCUGGACAAUAAAAAUAUACCCUAUAAGACUCUAAAUAAUUUGCAAAACGUGCGUGAUGGAAUACCAACAGAGCAUUUUGACAACGAAAGUCUCCAUAACAGCAGCAACACAGGAAACCAGUUCAAAAGUGAAGAGAUCAUAGAAGAAGCUGGAAAUUUUCGGACAUCAGAUGCAGAAGAAGGAUCAAACGACACUGAAAAACCAGAGCUCAGUACUCUGAGAACCCGAGUACUAAAAAGAAAUAACGUCGACCCAGACCAAAGAAAUACAGAGGUGUUGGGUUACCUGCGACAAGUACCUGCAGGAUCUGAGCAGCCGAAAGACGAAUGCAGUCUCUUUGGUGACUAUAUUGCGGCGAAACUACGCAAAUUCGAUGAUCGAUCCCGUGCUAUUGCGGAGCACAGAAUUAGUAACACCUUAUUCGAAUUAGAGAUGAAUGUGAGUUAGCGUAUUGAAACUUAAAUAAAUUAUUCUUAUAUAUUCUUA